UACACAGAAAUUUGUUCAAAGGCUUCUAGACAGCUUAAUGUUCUUAAAAGAAUUGGAGGUUUUUUAACAAAACAAGAUGGGGUCCAUGUUGAGAGACGCGAUUGCUCGUAACCUACGGAAGCCUGGCGCAACUUUAGUCGGACGAAUAGUAACGGGUCUUUUGGUGAAGAGGAAUGGCACAUUAGAAAGAGAAGCAGUACGACUUUGUAAAAUACAACCGGACCGUCAAGUGUUAGAGCUGGGGUUUGGUCCAGGUCUCGGGAUUGAAGCCGCGUGCCAACUUGUCAGAGGUGGUAAAGGGAAAGUUUAUGGAGUUGACUUCUCGGAAGAAAUGGUUAUCGCCGCGACAAAACGUGUGAAAAAAGACAUCGACGAUGGAAAGGUGGAACUGAUCAACGGUGAUGUAGCAGACUUAUCAUGUUUCCAGUCCAACACAUUUGACUGUGUUUUCCAUUGUAACUGCUACUAUUUCUGGCCAGAUAUUGAUAAAGUAGCACGGGAACUCCAUCGUGUGAUGAAACCAGAUUCACUUAUGGUAACCACAAUGAGUAUCGAGAGAGUAAAGCGAAUCCAGGCUUUAGGGUUUUUACGCUAUGCGAAUCCUGAUCAAACACGAUAUAUGAAAGCGUUGGAGUCAUCUGGAUUUUGUGAUGUGCGUUCAGAAAAAGAAAAAAGUGAAAAAUCUGGUAAAGUUUACGAUGCAAUCUUUGCGAAAAAGUCUUCGAGCUGAAAAGAAUUUGCCAAACGUUAAUUUGUUCCCGUGUUAUUGUUAGCUGUAUUAUCAUAGAACACAAUUCCACACAAAAAAAACAUGUGAUCUAGAGCAUUGUGAUGUUUUAACUGUUACAAAUAAUAUACGCAUCCCUGCCGAUACUAUGCCGGAGAAUUAUAAUUAACAAAAACUCAUAGUAUGCAUGUCAUGUGUAUUUUCGUGUAAUGUAAAUAAAUGCACAUAUUUAAGCAUUGAACUGUUACCAGAUGCAGUAUACAGUCAAUAUGAAUGCAA